GAUAGUUUAAGUAAGAAAUGCCAGUGAUCUUUCCAGCGUUGCUAUUUUUCCAAGUGGGACAAUUCUGAGAGAUUAACUCAAUCAACACAGAGAGAUAACUGUGAAAGAAAUUAGCAGCUUUAAAAGUCUGUAAGAAUGCCUGCCCACAACAAGCUGAAGAUUUUCUUUAUGUUACUGGCAGUGGUUACCUACACAGUCAUGAUAGUGAUGAAUGCAGGAGCAGGUUCAGGAGCAUUCAGAGGUGUAUUUCAUACUACUGUUGGAAAUAUCUCACGCCACUAUGACACAGACUUCACACCAGCAUCCUGGACCUUCUUCAUUUGGAACCUCAUCUUUCUCUGGCAGUAUGCUUGGCUGGGUUAUGCGCUGUCUGGCCUCUGCAGAAGGAAUGAACUUGGCUGGGUCUACAUGUGGCCAGAUGUACUGCCACUCCCAUUUUACCUAGUAUGGAUGUUGAACAAUGCUUUAAAUGUUGGAUGGCUAUUUCUGUGGGAUAAUCUACAUUUCACUCCCGCGCUAUUUGUCCUGGGACUCCUCACUCUCACUAAUUAUGCUGCUCUCUUCAUUUCACACUGGGCUUUGUACCGACAUAGAGCUUGGUUCCAAAAGCACAACAAAGCAGACCUCUGGCUUGUCCGGAUUUUGGUGCAAAAUGGAAUUGCUGUGUAUGCCACAUGGACCACAAUAGCCACAAUACUGAACUUCACAGUUGUCUUGAUCUAUAAUGGGUACGCUUCCAAUGAGACUGCAACCAUAGUUUCACUUUGCAUCCUUUUCUUUCUGCUGAUUGUAUGGUUUUAUCUGGAGAACUUCGUAUUUGAAAAGUAUGUGCGCUAUAAUCUCAUUGUCUACCCAGUGGUCAUUUUAGCAUUGUGUGGCACUGUGCAGAAGAAUAGCAUUGAUUUCUCUCCAAACGCAAGCAACAUAAUUACAGCUGUGCUGCUAGUAGUGACGUGUAUCAUAUUUAGCAUUCGGAUAGCCCUUGUCACUUGGAGACAUAAAAAGGAGAAUUUGGAUGAACCUUGGUCAGACAUCAACACUGUGCAUCUACCUGUUUCCUGAAUGGAGUCCUUAAAGGGAAAGUAACUCUCAAAGACUUUCAUUAUUAUGGGUCAGGUGUACAACUAUAACUGUGCUUUGUAAUGCUGUCUCAACCAACAGAUAAACAGAAUAUUUUUCUCAUGGAUCCAUAUACAGGUAGAAGCUGUGUCAUGUUGCCUCUUUAUCACACAUGUUGCAAUCUUUUGUAUUCUAGAACAGAGACUGGAGAGGGAAACCUUUGCAGAAUCACUUUACAGCAAGACUCAUGGACCAUAUGUAUUUUUCAAUUGGCUAUUCCCACAACCGCCUCCAAAAUUACUAUUGCCAUAUACAUUGACUGCAGUAUACAUUCUUUAAAACAGGAUUCCCAGAGUGAAUCACACUCUUGGAAAAUUCCUAGAAAUGUGGUUCUCCAUUAAACAAAGUAUAAGCUCUCCAUGGGUCGGGUUUUAGCUGGGUGUAGCUCUCAGUGGUUCCAGGAGGGAAAGAGUUUGCUGGAAAUAUGGGCAUUGCACACCUUCCUUUACAUAAGGAUAAAAAAAAUCAUAUUAAAUUAAA